GAGGAGCUGGCAGUGUUGACAACGCAGCGAGAGACAGAGAGGGGUUGGAGAAGGGCACCCGCCGCCGCCACCGUGACUACACUCCGUUCGACACCAUGACAACCGUAGCAAAUGCACGGCGAGCCCCCGGCCCUGCUGCCCCACCAAUCAGAGGGGAGAGAGUGGCGCGCGGCAAGCUGUGAGGGGAGAGACGCAGCACAGGAUAGCAGAGCAGAGGUAGAACACCCCAGACACUCCUACUUACACAGAGAGAAGAUACCCAGUCAUUUCUCUGCCUCUUACCUGAACACUGGAUGCCAGAGAGAACCUCUUGGAUAAUCAGCUUUGCUCUUGUUCUUUUCCCCCACAGUGGGGAGGAGUGUAAGGAUGGAUAUACUGAUUCUAACAGGACCACCCAAUCACUAUUACAACCUAGGAGUUACCAGACUGGUGGGGGGGGGGAAACGCAAAGAAAAAGACCAUGUCGAAAAUCUGCAUCAGAUUCCAAUUCCCCAGUAGGCCGUGAGUGACGCCGACCGUGUGCACAUGAUGAAUCCCAUGGCCCAGCUGUACUACAAGAAGGCGAGCUACUCGCCGUACCGCGACCGCAUCCCGCUGCAGAUCGUGCGGGCGGAAGCGGAGCUGUCAGCGGAGGAGCGGGCGUACCUGACGGCGGUUGAGAAGGGUGACUAUGCCGGGGUGAAGCUGGCCCUGCAGGAGGCGGAGAUCUACUACAACAUCAACGUGAACUGCCUGGACCCGCUGGGGCGCAGCGCGCUGCUCAUUGCCAUCGAGAACGAGAACCUGGAGGUGAUGGAGCUGCUGCUCAACCACGGCGUGCACGUGGGCGACGCACUGCUCUACGCCAUCCGCAAGGAGGUGGUGGGCGCCGUGGAGCUGCUGCUGUCCCAUCGCAGGUCCAGCAGAGAGAAACAGGUGCCCAACCUGAUGAUGGAUACCCAGUUCUCAGAGUUUACCCCUGACAUCACACCCAUCAUGCUGGCAGCUCACACCAACAACUAUGAGAUCAUCAAGCUGCUGGUCCAGCGCAAGGUGACCAUCCCCCGGCCCCACCAGAUCCGCUGCGACUGCGUGGCCUGUGUGUCCAGCUCCGAGGUGGACAGCCUGCGUCACUCACGCUCCCGCCUCAACGUCUACAAGACCCUGGCCAGCCCAUCCCUCAUCGCCCUGUCCAGCGAAGACCCCAUCCUGACUGCCUUCCGCCUGGGCUGGGAGCUGAAGGAGCUAAGCAAGGUGGAGAACGAGUUCCGUCAGGAGUACGAGGAGCUGUCCCAGCAGUGUAAGCUGUUUGCCAAGGACCUGCUGGACCAGGCCAGGAGCUCUAGAGAGCUGGAGACCAUCCUCAACCACCGCGAUGACCUCAGUGAUGAGCUAGACCCACAGGACUGCCGUGACCUGGCCAAGCUCAAACUAGCUAUCAAGUACCACCAGAAAGAGUUUGUGUCCCAGCCAAACUGUCAGCAGCUUCUGGCCACCCUGUGGUACGACGGUUUCCCCGGGUGGCGCAGACGCCACUGGGCGGUCAAGCUGGUCACCUGCUUCACCAUCGGCCUGCUCUUCCCCAUCUUCUCCCUGGUCUACCUGCUGGCUCCUAGGAGUGCCCUGGGCCUCUUCAUCAAGAAGCCCUUCAUCAAGUUCAUCUGCCACACAGCCUCCUACCUGACUUUUCUUUUCCUCCUCCUCCUGGCCUCCCAGCACAUUGUGAGAACAGACCUGCACGUCCAGGGCCCGCCACCCACCGUGGUGGAGUGGAUGAUCCUUCCCUGGGUGCUGGGCUUCAUCUGGGCUGAGAUAAAGGAGAUGUGGGACGGCGGCUUCACUGAGUACGUCCAUGACUGGUGGAACCUGAUGGACUUUGCCAUGAACUCUCUCUACUUGGCCACCAUCUCACUCAAAAUAGUUGCUUACUUCAAGUACAACAGCUCUCGGCCGCGGGAGGAGUGGGAGAUGUGGCACCCGACGCUGAUCGCCGAGGGCCUGUUUGCUAUCGCCAACAUCUUCAGCUCCCUGCGCCUCAUCUCCCUGUUCACAGCCAACUCCCACCUGGGGCCUCUGCAGAUCUCCCUGGGACGCAUGUUGCUGGACAUCCUCAAGUUCCUCUUCAUCUACUGCCUGGUGCUGCUGGCCUUCGCCAACGGGCUCAACCAGCUGUACUUCUACUACGAGACCAAGGCCUCGGACGAGCCCAACAACUGCAAGGGCAUCCGCUGUGAGAAGCAGAACAACGCCUUCUCUACGCUGUUUGAGACGUUACAGUCCCUGUUCUGGUCGAUAUUCGGCCUGCUCAACCUGUACGUGACCAACGUGAAGGCACGCCAUGAGUUCACAGAGUUUGUGGGAGCCACCAUGUUCGGUACCUACAACGUUAUCUCCCUGGUGGUGCUGCUCAACAUGCUCAUCGCCAUGAUGAACAACUCCUAUCAGCUCAUCGCUGAUCAUGCGGACAUUGAAUGGAAGUUUGCCCGCACCAAGCUGUGGAUGAGUUAUUUUGACGAGGGAGGAACUCUCCCUCCGCCCUUCAACAUCGUCCCCAGCCCCAAGUCAGUGUGGUACCUGUGUGUGUGGACGCACAACCGCCUGUGUGGACGGGACCAUCCCAGUCCUGACAACCCGAGGAAACAGGAGAACUUAAAGGAGUUCACGGAGCGGCAUGCUGACAACCUGAUUCAGAACCAGCAUUAUCAGGAGGUGAUCAGGAACCUGGUGAAGAGGUAUGUAGCAGCCAUGAUCCGCAGUGCUAAGACAGACGAGGGUCUGACAGAGGAGAAUUUUAAGGAGCUCAAGCAGGACAUCUCCAGUUUCCGCUACGAGGUGUUAGACCUGUUGGGGGACAGGAAGCCUCCGCGGAGGACCUACUCAUCCAGCAGUGAGGCUACCCAGCAGGACGAGGCCAACGAGGAAGAAGGGGCUGGACAGGCCCAGGGUCAGUCCAGGGACCAAGGGGCUAAGGGGGUAUCCUUCAGCACGUCUAUCGCUGAGAGGAAGAGCAAGGACUCUGGGUUCAGCGUCUCCGCCCUCUUUAAGUCCAUGUCAGGGGCAGAGGGGGCAGUGGACAACAAACCAAAGUGCAACGGGCUCAGGUUCUCUUCCUCCCCCCCGCCCACUGCUGCGUUAACCCGCAGUAGUGGCCGGCUGCAACGCUUCUCCAAGUCCAAAAGAGACUCCAUCAGGCGGCUGGGCCUGCUCUUCUCCCGCAUGAACGGACACGUCCCAGAGCCCAUGUCCCCUCCUCCCAGGAUGCACCAGCCCACCUACAGCAUCUCAGGCGGUCUUCUUCGGCAGCCCACAACCUGGCCGGACAUCCAGAUCCCCCCCAAUCCCCCGGUUACACACAGCCUGUUCCACCUGGGGGUGAACCUGAACGAGCUACCACAUGCCCCUCCCCAGGCCCUGCCAUUGGGGUCACCCCAGCAGGCUAACGGAAGUGACAGUCUUCUCCUGCGACCCGCGGGCCACUCCUUACCACCGCCAGCCCACUCCCUGCCACCCCUGCACUGUGCUUCCAGCAUCACGGCCUCCAGCUCCCGGGCUGUCCUCUUGGGCUCUAGUGAGGACAUGUUUGAGGGCUGGAUAGGACCUUGUGACGAGCUGGACUCCUCUGAGGGGGGGGCUGAGCAGGAGGACUCCAUCACAACACAGCUUUAGAGAUCCCUCCCCCCAGGAAUAAUGACAGUAUGUUCAGGUCACUCUGCUGAAAGGACAGAAAGGAUAAGUGGCUGACCCAAUUAUACAAAACCCAGGACUCAUUUUCACAAAGAUAUCAUAGCAAAGUAGGAAGAUUCUAAACAUAUAAUGAAAAAAAAGAAGCUUUUAUCUAUUGCAAUAUAACUACGUUUGCAUACUGCCACCUACCUGUGAUCCUUAGAUCAUUGGGUCUGUAAGCUCACCAUCCUCUCAACAUUUGUUUUCAUACAGUUCAGACCCAGUUAUUUAUAUUUUACUCAUCAAAAUAUCACUGAGAUUAAAAUGGGUUCAUAUACACAGCCGAGGUAUCACCGUUGUCCAAACUUCUACUCUCUUACACAUAUGUUUAAUCUCAUUGCAAGUUUGUCUUUUACCAGACUGUUUUGCAGUGUUGUUCCAUAUGCACAUGUUUUCCUCACGUGCCAAAUUUCCCCUACAGGGUGUUCUGUUUGGUAAGUCAAAUAACCUAAACAUGAACGGUUAUUAUCAUGGUAGACAAGGUCAUUUAUUUCAGGCUUGCAGGUUGAAUCUUUACAAGUUGUUUCUGGACAAUUAACUAAUAAUACUGUUCUCUUUUUUUCUAUGAAAGUUGUAUUUUUCUAUAUUUUCUUGGAAAUAAGACACUACCAGUUUUGGGCUAUUGAGACAGGUAAUGCACGAUAUUAGCAGAGUAACAUUUAUCCAUGUUUUAUGUUUACUCUUAAUCUAAUUUAUUUUUCAAGAUGGCUGUGAAUUAUAAUACUCAAGAUCAAGUUGAGAGAACCUACGAAAACAAUGUUUAAUUGCUGUCAAAAACAAGCUUGUAUACAAAUACAUUUAUUUGAUAAUGCGAAUGAUCUAAAAUACAUUACAUUUGACUGAUUCUUAGAACUAGGAUUCCAAGAUUGGGCCAUGUAAUAUGAUGGUGUCUGUGGUCACACAAAACGCCACUGAAAUGUCCAAAAAUAGCUAUACUCUGGGCAAUUGUGACAGCGCAAUGCAUUCGCUAGUUGCAGUAUUCAUGGUUUACCUUAAUGUGCCGUCUCAUCAUUUAAAAAUUAACACUUUUACGAGUUCGGAUUCUUGUCAUCGAUAAAAGUUUGGUAUUUUGGCGUGGACUGUGUUCGGGGAAGCCAGCCCCCGGUCAUGGAUCCGGACCUGAUCAACUCUAUGCGACGGAGAUGUGUCCACUAUUUGCCUCAUGCAGUGGGUCACACCAGAUACUAACUGGUUUUCUGAUCCACGCCCCUACCUUUUUUAAAGGGAUCUAUCCCUGACCAACAGAUGCAUAUCUG